AUGGUUUCUGCAGAAGAGCUUAAAGAUAUUAUCAUUGAAAAAUUGAAAGCACAGGAAGCUCAGGUCCAUGAUAUCAGUGGUGGCUGUGGCCAGUCCUUUUCUGUUCUUAUUGUCUCUGAUGUAUUCGUCAAAAAGAAUAAGUUGGCAAGACAUAGAAUCGUCAAUACUGAAUUGAAGGAUAUCAUAUCAUCAAUCCAUGCUUUCACUCAAAAGACGUACACUGUGGAAGAGUGGGCCAAAGAACAUUCUAACUAA